AUGGCCGAGCACGAGCGGAUGCUGCGGCUGCUGCUGCGUGCAAAUUUGCCAAAAGAGGCUGAGAAGUGGUGCACCAAAGAGGAGUUUGUCAAGCUGUCGCCAAAGGACGAGACGGUGCCGCUCAAGUGGACGUUGUACGAGUUAAUCGGCAAGGAACUCAGUGGAGGAGCGGAGCAUUUGGCGAAAACUGUGGACGACCCGCUGUUUGUUCAGGCUGUCGAGACAUUGAGAGAAAAGAAGGAUGUUGUGCUGCAGCAUGAAAAAGCAAGCAAUGUGAAGGCAAGCGAAGUGCAACUAGGACGCGACAUUCCCUACUUAUUGGCACAGUAUGCGUCGUUAUCAGUGGCCAGCACGCGAGCACUGCCAAGGCAUGAAGAUGCCGAUUCGAAGGUGCCGCCGAAUGAUGCUCAGCUGGUGAGUUUGAAUCAGGCUGAGGUUCUGUAUAAGGAGGCGUUGGCAUGGGUGGAGAAAACAGCAGCUGAGAAGGAGAAAGACGCUUUGCUGGCAUCUGGACCAAAUGCUCCUUUUGGAGCUUGGGUUGAGACCAACCUGGGAGAGCUAUUGCUGCGCCAAAACAAGCCUGAAGAAGCCAUGGAGUGGUUGGGCAAGGCCAUGGACACGUUGCAGGCUGCGCAAAAUGGUACCGGUGGCAGCGCGCUAGCGAUGACCCGUGUGCUUGGUCAGAUCGCGCGAGCUUGCCAUGCCAUGGGCCAAGCCGUGACGAGCGAGGGUCUCUUUGUCACUGUCGUCGAGUCAUUUGAGCGCGAGAAAAACCUAUCUUCGACAGACCGUGUCGAGUUUUCACGCGUGUUGCGUGCCUAUGGCGAUUUGUUGGCUAGCUGGGAGAAGCGCGAAGCUAGUGCAGCGAGGAGGUAUGAACAGGCUGAGCGUGUCGAGCAGGAUCUCGCUCGGAUGUGCCAAGCCAACCAAAGUGCUGCCGCGCUGCAUUCUGUAUUUUUCUUGCCGCUAUGA